UGUCGACUUCGACCUGGUCGCUACUUGAGUAAGAGUAGAGCCUCUCCAGGAAGAAGGAACAUGACUUAGAACUCAACCUGUUUUCAUUAUGCCUGCCACUGCGAAUAGUCGCUCCAGCUUUCGGAGCACCAAGGCGAGCUUUUCCUGAAUUACCGAGGAUUGACUCUGCUUUAUUUCCACUUCUGCAUCCGAGGUGGAAAAGCAAUGUCGUCGCCAGAUGAGGAGAAGAGUGCAAAGGAUGGGUUCAAGGACCGAAAUCCGUUUGACGGGACAGCACAGGCGAUUCCGAUACCUCCAGAGGCGCAUUCCCUGACGGUCCUGCCACUAACAGCCAUUGUGUAUUUUAGCGUGUCGGGAGGUCCAUUCUCUACUACUCAAGCAGUCCGAUCGGGGGGAGCUUUCUAUGCCUUGUUGGGGUAUAUGCUAGCCCCAGUUGUCAUUGCUUGGCAAGAGAAUCAGAUCACUGCAGAGUUAAGCGUCGCAUACCCGCACUCUUCUGGAAGCGUGGUUUGGUGCGAAGCUGCAUUUGGUCCGUUUAUUGCUUGGUUGAAUGGUGUAUUGAGUCUGGUGUCUGGGAUCACCGGAAAUGCAAUCUUCCCGGGCUUGUUUGUCAACUUCAUCUUGGAACAAAUACCUCGAUCAGCUGACGAAGAACAGGAUUUGCCGGUCUAUAUACGGUUCUGUGUCCUCGCUUUUAUGGUCCUAGUGAUGGGAUACAUCAAUUGGAGUGGUUUGAAUAGUAUUGGAAACACGACAAUGCUCAUUGGAAUCAUCGCCUUGACACCCUUUGUCAUAUUUGUCCUGGUUGGCAUGUUUCAAGUAGACGCAAGCAAUUGGCUAGCGUUACCUUCGCUGUCCGUAGGGGGCUAUAUGGCAGAGUCCGAGUAUGAACUGGGAGGGGGCUUUUUCCCUUACGCGACUCUCGGAGGAGUACUCUUGAGACCCUUUUUGAACACGUUGUUCUUCAAUCACAAUUGCUUUGAUUCAACUGCAACAUUUUCGGAGGACUGUGGGAGACAGCCAGAAAAGGUCAUUCCUCGAUCAUUGAACAUUGCAUGGUUUGCAGUCUUCGUGUUCUACCUCUUACCAGUGGCUGUUGCCACCGGUGUGUCGAGUGGCAACCAGCUAGACUGGAAAAAUGGCUAUCUGUCGUUUCUGGCAGGCGAAACAGUAGGUCCAUGGCUGGGAAAUUGGCUUAUCUUUGCUAAUGGUGUCUCCAACAUUGCUCUAUACCAAGCUGUCAUGAGCGGUGUCGUCUUCAAACUCAUGGGUAUGGCCCACAAUGGGCUCUUGCCGCGGUUCCUCGGUGUUCGAAGCUCACGUGGAACUCCUACGAAUGCCAUCAUCUUUUCCACGUUCAUCAUAUUUUUCCUAUCCAUGGUACGCCUUCAUAAACUCGUUGAAAUGCAGAAUUUCAACUAUGGCAUUGCCCUCCUACUGGAGUAUGCCGCUUUCAUAAAGCUACGAAUAAGUCAACCAAAUGUCCCGAGACCCUAUCGCGUUCCAUUUGGAACCGUUGGUUGUAGUUUGAUGGUGAUUCCUUCUGCGCUUUUCAUCCUCACGGUGUUGCUUCUUGCUAGCUAUCACGCAAUGAUUGUGGGUGCUGUGACAUUUGGAUUCAGUGUGAUUACCUAUCAGUGCGUCGCCAAACGGAUAUACAAGAAGAGAGAUGAUACUGAUAGUUUGGAGGGUCAAAUGGCACCGAUGAAAGAUAGCAGCGAAAUGAUAUAGAAAUAUAGCUUGUACAUAUGCAAAGCAAUAGAUUAUGGUGUUCACCCAGGUUUUUGCAU